GUAAUACAUAAAUCUGCUAUAGACAAAAAAGGCGGCGUCAAGGGUGCUAGGCGCGACGUCGAGCCCUGCCUGGGCGGCUCUUGGAUUGAGAUCGACGCCAGAGAUGGCUCGGAGAUUGAUGUUGAGGGUGCAGGUGAAGCUGGAGAGAGUUUGGACAGCGCAACGGCGGCGAGCGAUGCCUGCGGUUGCCUGGGUAGCAUCAGGGGCACAACGUACGAAGUCGGUCUGGCUGGAGCUAAAUCUAAUGGCAGUAUAUUGGACAUUGUUGGAGUUGGAGAGACUACCGUGAAGAACUAG